UGUCGCAAGGAAGGUAAAGAUUUGCGCAAACACAUGAACAUAUACGGCAAAGGAAAGUGUCCUGAAUGUGGUGGGAAAGUAACCAAAUGCAAACCUGGCGAAUAUGAAAGAGCAACAUUUUUCUGCCCGUCAUGCCAAACAAACACCUUAAAAUCUUCAAAGAAACUUCCUACAAAGAAUUCACUUCUGGGAUGGGUAACAGCCAAUAAAGAUAUGAUACAGUGGAAUUGUAAACUCUGCACUCUGGAAAACAAGCCUGCAAGUAACCGAUGCAGCGCUUGCCUCACACCCAGAUUUCCAGAUUCGCCAGACAAGAGCCAACUCCAUUCACAAUCCGAGGCCCCUUUGCAACUGCAACAAAACCACUCUGAGGAAAGACGGUUGCCCUGUUCUUCGCCUUUUACGCCACUGUCUUCCCCAUGCACCCCUUCCAGUACCACCAGUUCUCCUGAGACAAGAGUGCCUGGCCAGAAACAUGAUCUCAAGGAUGAAGAACAUCCGAGCAGUAGCUUGCAAAGAAAGUACAAAUUUAGAAGGCUCAGCAAUUCCCCUGCAAGUCUCCCAAGCACCCCACCACCAGUGUCCCAGUUGAAUGCAGCACUUGUUAACACACCAGUAGCUCCCCAAGCAAGAAAUCACAGAAUUCUUGCUUUUCCCACAACCAAGACAAGUGAUAAACUGAAAGCUGAGAGAGAAGAAGCACCCAUUUUGUGUUCUGGCCACAAGCUUCCAGCACGUAAAUUGAGAGCGGAAAAAAGUGCUGAAAACAGAGGACGAAUCUUCUAUGUGUGUGACUUACCAAAAAAGAACCAGUGUAAUUUCUUCAUGUGGGGAGAUGCACACCAUCCUCGCUGCGGUCAUGGGAAAAUAACCAUCAUCCGUGAAGUAUUGAAGCAGAAUGCCAAUAACGGUAGAGAAUUCUACUGCUGUCCAUUUCCAAAGACUAAGCAGUGUGACUUUUUCCAAUGGGUUGAUGAUAUCAAAGCAAAAUAGAUCAGUAGCCAGAAUUUUUGUUUUUGUCUUAGGGCCAAGACAGCAAGAUUACCAUCCAGCUCAGUGUAAUACUGGAAUAGGGGCAUAUUUUAUCAGUUAUGAUAGUGUAAGUCAGUGGAAAAUUUGUCCCUUAUUUUUAUGACUGAGGUAUCUCAAUUAGUGACUUUUAGAGACAUAAAAUACU